AUGAGGAUCCUCUGCCUGCACGGAUUCGGCACAAGCGGCGAGAUUUUCAAAUCUCAGACUGUCUCCGUCCGAAUGGCCCUCAAGGCGAGUAGUAGCGCAGGCGACGACGACAUCGACUUUGAUUUCGUCAACGCGCCGCACCCAUCGACUCCGGCCGCGGGCAUCGAGCUCUUCUACGGGCCUCCCUACUACUGCUUCUGGAAGGAGGACACUGUCGAGAACAUCGCUGCGGCACGGGCCUGGCUCGACGAGCUGGUUGCUAGCCGGGGGCCGUACGACGGCGUGAUGAUGUUCUCGCAGGGCUGCGUGCUGGGGUCGAGCGUGCUGCUGCAUCAUCAGCGACAGCAGAAGACGCCCCCACCAUUCAAAUUCGCCAUCUUCAUCUGCGGCGGUCCCUCGCUCAAGGUCCUGGAGCAAGAGCUAGGCUUCACCGUCUCGCGCGAGGCGUGGGAGCUAGACCUUGCCUCGCGGAAAGCGCUGCAGGAGCGGGCCUCCGCGUCCGCCAUCCUGGCCGAGGGAUCGCAGCGGUGGAAAGACGUCAAAGACCAGACGAAACUCUCGCCCGACGAGCUCGCCCGUCUCGUGACGGGGCCGUACCAGAUCACUAUCCCGACCGUCCACGUCUACGGGUCCAAGGAUCCGCGGUAUUUUGCGGGAUUGCAGCUGGCCAACCUGUGCGAUCCGCAGGUUCGGAGAGUGUAUGACCACGGCGGUGGCCAUGAGAUUCCGCGGAAGGAGGCUGUUAGCUCGACUAUUGCUAGUUUGAUUCGAUGGGCGGCGACGACUGCCGCUGAUGCUGCGAGUCAGAAUGGUUCUUCUUGA